AGUCAAUGAAAAUAAGCUAGCGUCUGUGAAGUCUGCGUUCUGGACUUCUUUAUCGCGUUGACUCUUAAGCGUGUACACAUUUCUGCCAUAUAACAGAAAUUAUGUUACGGAAUAAUAUUUAACACAUAAAUUAUUCGUGUCAGGAUAGACUGGUCUCGAUACACUUUGAGUGUCCUCGAACUAGCUUAGCUUGCUAGGUGCUAACAAAGAAACGCGAAAGUAAUCAACACAUCGCUAAGAAGAGAUCAAGUGUGACUGUGAGUUGUUGUGAUUGUGUGAAAAUGUGCGAAAGAACGAUAGAGUACGAAGAGGAACUUUCUCCAACAAAAAUGGAGAACGAGCAAGAGCAACUUUUGGAUGCUGUUUUCAAGCCUCACGUUGACUUAAAUACAUCAGAUGUCAGUGAACAACUUCCCCUUGAGCAUCAGCAGUGGAGCUUCAGGGUGGAGCAGGAGGAGCCACAGUCCCCCCACAUUAAAGAGGAAGAGGAGGAGCCACUGCCCCCCUACAUUAAAGAGGAGGAGGAGGAGUACAGCAUCUGUCAGGAGGGAGAGAAUCUUGAAGAGGAUCAAGUGAUUCGUGUCAUUGUGAAGAGUGAAGACGAAGACGAUGGAGAGCAAGGUGAGGAGAUGAGAGAGAUGGAGCCUCCAAGCAGCAGCUCAACUCAUCAUAGUGGUUACCACUGUGGAGGAUCACAAGCAGACAGCCUCUUAGCUCCACUAUCAGAUAGUGACGACAUAACGUCGAACUCUGCUGACACUGAUGAUGACGUCUCCAAAUCUGCCAUGACAUUCCACACUGACAACUCACGCUGGAAAUGCUCUCAGUGUAACAAAUCUUUUUACGACAGUAGCACUCUGAAAAGACACAUGGCCUGUCACACUGACAACAUGCACUGGAAAUGCUCUGAGUGUGACAAAACUUUUAAGCAAAAGAGCAAUCUGAAAAGACACAUGAGGUAUCACACUGGAGAGAAACCGUUCAUCUGCUCAGAGUGUGACGAAAGAUUCUACGAGAAGGCGCAUUUGAUUGCGCACACCAAGAGACACAAAGGCGAGAAAGCGUUCCCCUGCUCAGUGUGUGGAAAAAGAUUCUACGAGAAAGCACGUAUGAUGGUACACAUAAGAACACACACUGGAGAGAAACCAUACUCCUGUUCAGUUUGUGGUAAGAAUUUCUCUGUAAAAAGUAGCUUGUUAAUACACACAAAAAUACACACUGGAGAAAAGCCUUUCACCUGUUCAGUCUGUGGUAAAAGGUUUAUUCGGAAUGCUGGUUUGAUAGCGCACAUGAGAAGACACACGGGUGAGAAAAUCUUCAGUUGCAGUGUGUGUGAUGAAAGAUUCUCUUAUAAGUACCAAGUCAGCAAUCACAAGUGUUCUGGUGAGAACAGCAGCAGUCAAUGAGGCUGCAGAAUAGCCGUCUUCUGUGGUCUCUCAGGACGGUUGUUUUUGCUGUGCUGAGCAGUGCUUGCUUGCUGUUUAUGAAUGUACCAAACUGUUCAUUCGGUUGUUUUUAAAUAAUUGCUUCCUUCAUUUACACUGAAAUGUCUUUUGAUUUUGUAUUAGUAGUUCCAGUCAAACAACUGACAAAUGUCAACCCAUGACCUGAAGUCAACUCCAGACUUUUAUCUGCUUCAUUUGUCUUCAAGUAACAAGAGAAUAAACCUGGAAAAUUAAUGUAUUGUCAAUAGUU